CUACAACAUUGUCACCCUCUGAAAUACUUGAGGCAAACAUGUUGACUGUCAACGAGUUCUGAAAAGCACAACGGGCUGAGGGUCCGGCAACGGUGUUGGCGAUGGGAACCGUAACGCCACCCAACUGCUUCGAUCAAAGCACGUAUCCGGAUUUUUAUUUUCGUAUAACUAAGAGUGAAGAUCAAACCCAGCUCAAAGCUAAAUUUAAGCGCAUGUGUGACAAAUCGAUGAUCAAUACCCGUUACAUGCACUUGACUGAAGAAUUUCUCAAGGAAAAUCCAAAUAUCUGCGAGCACAUGGCGCCAUCCCUCGACGCUAGGCAACACGUGAUGGUGGAGGAAGUGCCGAAACUAGGUAAAGAAGCAGCUACACUGGCCAUAAAAGAAUGGGGACAGCCACAGUCCAAAAUCACCCACCUCAUCUUCUGCACCACGGGCGGUGUCGAUUUGCCAGGCGCAGACUACCGCCUUAGCAAACUCAUGGGGUUCAGUCCCUCCGUCAAGCGCUUCAUGAUGUACCAGCAAGGCUGCUUUGCAGGCGGCAUGGUUCUUCGUCUGGCAAAAGACCUGGCUGAGAACAACAAAAAUGCUCGUGUGCUUAUUGUGUGCUCCGAGCUCACGGUCCAUACAUUUCGGGGGCCUAGCCAUACUUAUCUCGAUAAUCUGGUUGGCCAGGCCAUUUUUGGCGAUGGGGCUGCUGCGGUCAUAGUGGGCUCGGACCCCGUGGUUGGAGUCGAGAAACCAUUGUUUGAGAUUGUUUCUGCAGCCCAAACGAUCAUCCCCGAUAGCGAUGAUGCAGUCUGCGGUCAUCUUCGUGAGGUGGGGCUUACCUUUCACCUCCGCAAAAAUGUUCCUAUUUUAAUUUCGAAGAAUAUUACGAGCAGCCUAGUUGAGGCAUUCAAGCCCUUGGGCAUAACUGACUGGAACUCGAUAUUUUGGAUUGCGCAUCCUGGCGGCCGAAGUAUACUAGAUCAUGUCGAAAAUGAGUUAGGCUUGACGCCUGAUAAACUGAAGUGUACGAGAAAGAUUCUUUGGGACUACGGGAACAUUUCAAGUGCUGGUGUUAUGUUCGUGUUGGAUGAAAUGAGGAAGGCUUCAGCUAAGGAUGGAAAGACUACUACUGGAGAAGGACUUGACUGGGGUGUUCUGUUUGGUUUUGGGCCUGGUCUCACUGUUGAGACUGUUGUUCUUCAUAGUGUUCCUACAUAUUUUAUUGUGUGUUUACAAUGUAACAUCACGACAUCAGUCAUCUGAUAAGUUAUUACUCCUAUGUUGUACAUGUUUUUUUAUG